GUACAUUUUAUGUGUUUUUUUUCUUUUGACGCAACCGCACACGCUCUACAAAUAUUUUUUUUUUAAUUUUGUGUCGAACGAACGUGUUGAAGACUUGACGCAAAUGUCUUCUAUCGCCACUUAACUGAACUAAAACGGCAUCUAGCAAAUCUUGGUGUCUCGGUGCGCCGAUGACCCUUCACGGCCUAGCUUAGCCUAGCUUGCCAGCCGCUAAGCACACAGAGACGCGUUUGUAAUCGCUCAACGGAAGUCAAAUAUUAGCGAAAAGUUUGGUGAUGAUCGUUUGAAAAUAUUUGCAAGGAGGACAACGGAGUACACUUCGGAACUUCACGGAGCAAAAGACGACAACUAGCGACAACUUCAUCAAGUACGCGACGCUGCUUGUGAGAAGCUUCGAGUUUGCUUAAACUCAGCAGACAUGAGCAAAACGUACCUUGGUGUCUUCGGGCAGCAGCAGCAGGGGGAUGAGAGAGGUGACGGACAAAAAGAGGAUGAGCUGGAGCGCCCUUCCAUGAAAGAGGAGGAAGAAGAAGAAGAAGCCACUCAGAUUCAAGCCAGUGAGAUGUCCAAGCAUCCGCACAUCAAAGAGGAAGAAGAUGAAGACAUCAUCACCUUGCAAUUUACAGGUGCUCCUUUGAAAAGUGAAGAUUCCGAGGAUCAAAGUGAGGCCAGCGAAGGGGUGGAGCGUCCCAGCAGCAACAGCUCAAGUCAGCAUGAGACGACAGAAGGUGAAGGACAAUCACCGACAGACGGACUCAUAGCGCCACUGUCAGAUAGUGACGACGCGAUGUCAUACUCUCCUCACACUGAUGAUGAUGAAGAAUACGAAGGUCACGUUGACAACCAACACUGGAAAUGCUCUCAAUGCGGGAAAACAUUUGUCUACAAGUGUCUUUUGAAAAAACACCUGAUGACGCACACUGGAGAGAAACCUUUUGCCUGCUCAGUUUGUGGUCAAAGAUUCACGCAAGAGGGACAUUUAAGAAGACACACAAGAAUACACACUGGAGAGAAACCGUUUGUCUGUUCCAUUUGUGGCCAGACAUUUGCUCAAAGAAAUAGUCUGACAACACACACGAGAACACACACUGGAGAGAAGCCGUUUGUCUGCUCGUUUUGCGGCCAGAGAUUUGCUCAAAGAAACCAUUUGACUGCCCACACUAAAACGCACACUGGAGAGAAACCUUUUGUCUGCUCAGUUUGUGGUCAGAGAUUCUCUGAAAAAGGGAGCCUGACGAGUCACACAAGAACGCACACAGGAGAUAAACCCUUUUCCUGCUCAGUUUGCGGGAAAAGAUUUUCUCAGAAGGGACAUUUAGGAAUUCACAGAAGAACGCACACUGGUGAGGAACCUUUUUCCUGCUCUGUUUGCGGUAAAAGAUUUUCUCAGAAGGGACAUUUAGGAAUUCAUAAAAGAACGCACACUGGCGAAAAGCCUUUUGCCUGCUCAGUGUGUGGUCAAAGAUUCUCCGUUAAGGGACAUUUGAAAGCACAUACAAGAAUCCACACUGGGGAGAAGCCUUUUGCCUGUUCAGUUUGUAACCAAAGGUUUACUACGAAGGGAUAUUUGAAAAUACACACAAGAACCCACACUAGCGGGAAAGCUUUUGCCUGCUCAGUUUGUGGCCAGACAUUUAUUGUGAAGGGGUAUUUAAAAAUCCACAUGAGAAUCCACACCGGAGAGAAACCCUUCGCAUGCUCAGCUUGCUCGAAAAGAUUCGCUACAAAGGAACAUUUAAAAUCCCACACAAGAACGCACACUGGAGAGAAACCUUUUGCAUGCACCGUUUGUGGCCAAGCGUUCUCUCUAAAAGGAAACUUGAGAAGCCACAGCCAAACGCACACCGGAGAAAAACCUUUUGCUUGCUCAGUUUGCGGUCAGAGAUUCUCUCGAAAGGGAAACUUAAAGAUACAUACAAGAACACACAGUGGAGGGAAAGCAUUUGCCUGCUGAGUUUUUUUGGCAUUGAGCAAUAAAGAUUGAAAAUGAAAGUGUUAAAUAUUGAAACCAAUUUCUGUGGGAGUUGAAUUCGUCUGCCUUCUUGUGUUGGAUCAACUUUCUGGUAUUUCCUGUAUAUUCGUGCAUUCUACUUGAUCUCGUGUGGACAAACGAUGACAAUUAAAGCAAAGCACUGGACCGCUAUGUCAAAUAUUUUAUGAUGUGCAUGUUAAAUGAGCGAGUGACCAAUUGAAAUAGAUGGCCCAAAAACUUUUGACCUGCGCCGGUGGAAUGGAAACGUCCACACGAGAUAGUGAAUAAAAGCUGAUGGAACCUUG